AUGGGAUUAAGUGCCAGUACCGAUUGGUCGCCGCACGAAGAGGUCGCUGAGGAAGACGAGUUGAUGCACGGGGAAAAAUGGCCGAAGGCAAGAGCACUGCUAGCUUUGAAAAGGCUUCGGGAAUCAUACCCAGCCUGGGGUUUCUUUUACGAUGUCAUCGAACAAUAUCAACCUCUCAGACGCAUCCUGCCGGACUCCUACCUCGAUGUAGACCUCACCCCGGUAGUCGAGAGCAGUCUUGCUCCGCCCAUAAAGCGCAUCCUGAAUCUGAGCUCCAAAUGGACUCCCAACAUGCUUGACUCGGACAUGGAAAUCACACGCUUGCAUGCCAUCUUACAAAAGUGGCGUCGGUCUGUCAUAGACAAGCGAUCUCAGGACUUGAAGGUGUAUGCGUUCCUUACAGAAAUGGAUUGCCGUAUACGUAUGGCCGAAUGGGAAGUUGUGAGGAAACAGUUGCCGACAGUAAGAGCAAAAUGGAACGAGGAAGUGAUUUCCCAAUGUGCGGAGGUCCGACCGACACGUCUGAUGCGAAAAGUCCUCGGGUCCAUGGAUAUCGGCAGGUCCGUAAAAAUGGAAACCAUCAAGAAUCUGCAAGAGCAAAACAGCAUCCUCGUCACGGAAAAGCAGCUGCAUGCUAGCGAGAAGCGUACCCUUGAAGAGAAACUGUCGCGGCAUGAAAAGUAUCGUACGGAUACCGAACACGCUUUUAGUACCCUUCAAACGCAGCUUCAAUCCUCCCGGCAGCAGCUGAAGGAGAAGGAACUCUCAUAUACAAACCUCCAGAUUGUCUUGAAGAAUCAAGAAGAAGAGAGACAAAUCCUAGAUCAGGAGCUGAAGCGUACACGCAGCGCCUUGGCACAAGCCGAAGGGGCACUCGGCCAACGCACGCGCACUCACGAAGGCUUCUACGAGAUCGAUUCGCCAUACACUCCGACAGAGAUCGCCGAUGAAUUCGAAGCGAUAUACACAGACCUCCACGGGCACACUACGGAAUGGAUACCAAACCCUGCCAAAGCUACGGACGCAGAUUCGCAAAUUCUUCAACGCAUCAUGUGCUCUGGCUUUGAAUUCUUUGGGGUGCCGGAGGAGAGUCGACCAAAGAAAAACAAUCUCAUGUAUCUUGUUGAGGGAUGCCUCACCACGAGCUUGAUCAAGGUCUUCACGCACCCAAUCAGAGGGGUACCGGCCGCCGAAUAUGCGCAAUCCCUCGCGGUGAUGAGACAAGCUUCCGCUCAGAACCCAAACUAUGAAAAGCUAUGUGCGGCCGAUAGUCACCUCGAGCGUCAAGUAUGGCAGAGAAUGGUGGAAGCAAUCACGUCUAACUCCCUCGACCCGGUCACAAGGUGCGCCGCCCUCGGUAUCAAUGCUUUCUCGGUGCCGGAUGGAAGGGAUGCAUUCUCGACUAUUGACGAAGACUGGGAAGAUUUUCGCGGUAUUCCUUUCGAUGAAGAAAGUAUGCAAAGGAAGGGCCGGGAAAAGAAUCCGAAAGUAAGAUUUGCAUAUUAUCCAGGACUGAGGACGGAGAAAAGCGUCCUGGUCAAGUGUCGAGUAUAUUGCCAGUGAGCGGGAAGAUCAUUUCCCUCGUCGGCUUUUUCAAGAAAACUCGCAUUCGGCCGUCUCUGCGCUGUCAGGGCAAAAAGAUGGAUCUCAGGUUCAAGCAGGAGUGAUUGCAGUUAGUUAC